AUGACAUCAGGAAGUCACCUACCUAUUAUUGAGCCCGAAGAUAGCCCGACAUCGGUUAUCCCACAACCAGAGCCAGCGGCUGCCGAGGAAAAUAGAAGGCUACGGCGCCAUGUGUUAGAAAUGUGGGACGCAUGGUCCAAUGGCAGGGAGCCACCUAGUGCUAUCCCUGGAUUCCCCGAAUUGAUCCCCAGUAUGGGAGGAACUACCAAUGUCCCUAUCCCACUAACCAACCCAUUCAUCCCAUUUGGGUACCCCACCAUGUUGGCUAAUUUCACCGGUACGCCUUCUGAGGUUCGCCCCCAGGCACCGUUUUCAGGAAUAGCAUCUACAGUGUUCACACCACCGCCAGCCUCUACUAUGGCGCAACCAACACUACCUCGACAAAGCUUUGAACCAUCAACUUUCACUUUCCAAACACCCCAAUUUCAAUUGGACUCCGCUCGGGUUACCUCAAAUUCCUAUCCUCAGCACCCACAAUGUGAGUCUCCCAUAGAACAUGAGAAAGCCGUGAGGAAUCCUGAACAAGAAGAGAUAGCACAAAAAAUGAAAAGUAUCGAGAAAAGCCUCAAGAAUAUGCAGGGCCUGAGUGGCCACAAGAGCAUUUCCAAUGCUGAUCUAUGCAUGUUCCCUCACCUGAGAGGUGCUGGUGGAAAAGAGGAGCUACUAAUGGCUUAUUUCGGAGAAAGCCUUGCUGGAAUUGCUUCUGAGUGGUAUACGGACCAAGAUAUCUCCCAUUGGCACAUAUGGGACGACCUGGCCCAGGAUUUUGUAAGGCAGUUUCAAUAUAAUGUGGACAUUGCUCCCGACAGGAAUACUUUGACCAACUUCAAAAAGAAAGCCUCGAAAAGUUUCCGGGAAUACGCUAUCAAAUGGCGUGAACAAGUGGCCAGGGUAAAACCACCGAUGGAUGAGGCCGAGAUGGUCAAUGUCUUCUUACAGGCCCAAGAGGCCGAUUAUUUUCAAAACAUGAUGUCUGCCAUGGGCAAAUCGUUCGCGGAGGCCAUAAAGAUUGGAGAAAUGGUAGAAAACAGCCUGAAAACAGGCCGCAUCAUAAGUCAAUCAGCUAUAAGAGCCACUUCCCAAGCCAUCCAGAGCGGCUCGGGAGGUUUAGCAAACCGGAAGAAGAAAGAAGAAGGAGCCAUGAUGGCUUCAAGAUUGAGAAACUCUCAUCAACCCCGGGAUUACUUUAGUCCCUCUUCCAGGAUCCCGCAGCAUUACUACCCCCACCAGGAUGCAGCAUAUGCUAUGGCCCCGCAUCCUUUUGCGGUAAUGAACAACCAACCAUACGCACAGCAACAUCAACAUUAUAACCAAAACAGAGCUCCACCUCCAAGAGAUAACCCUCCUAGCCAAGCUCCGUAUAAUCCUCACCCACCACAGAACAAUUACCAAUAUAACACACGCCCUCGUGAACCACCCAAGAAGGCUGACUUCACCCCUAUUGGUGAGUCUUAUUCCAGCCUAUUCCCGAAGUUAGUCCAAAUGGGUUUGUUGCAGCCUGUACCUCUAAACAGACAGAAUUCGGAAUCUCCAUCUUACCGACCAGGUACCAGGUGCGCUUAUCACUCAGGGGCGGAAGGGUAUGACACUGAAGAUUGUUGGACCCUUACAAGAGCGAUCGAGAAUCUGAUAGAAUAG